AUGGCUGAUCGAUACAUUCCUGAGCAUCGGCGGAACCAGUUCAAGGCGAAGAACACCUUCAAGCCUGAAGAGCUCCGCCGACGCCGCGAGGAGCAACAGGUCGAGAUUCGAAAGGCCAAGCGCGAGGAGAACCUGGCAAAGCGACGUGGUAUCGGCUCAGGCGACUCGCGACCAGGCGCCUCCCUCGGCGCUGCUCCUGACAGCGACGAUGAAACCGCUCCCACAGAGUCUCAGCUCACCGAAGAGCUCCCCCAGAUGGUCCAGGGAGUCUUCUCCGAUCAGAUAGAUCUGCAAAUUCAGAGCACCACGAAAUUCCGAAAGCUCCUGUCCAAGGAACGCAACCCUCCUAUCGAAGAGGUCAUUAAGACUGGCGUCGUUAGCCGAUUUGUCGAGUUCCUGCGAUCCCCCCACACUCUGGUCCAGUUCGAGGCAGCUUGGGCUCUGACCAACAUUGCUUCUGGCAGUGCCACUCAAACCCAAGUUGUCAUCGAGGCUGGUGCUGUGCCUAUCUUUGUCGAGUUGCUCGCUAGCCCGGAGCCUGAUGUCCGCGAGCAAGCCGUCUGGGCCCUUGGUAACAUUGCUGGUGACAGCCCUCAAUGCCGCGACUAUGUGCUCAGCUGCGGUGCCCUCAAGCCUCUUCUGGCCCUCCUGGGCGACAGCCGAAAGCUGAGCAUGCUGCGUAAUGCGACAUGGACCUUGAGCAACUUCUGUCGUGGCAAGACACCUCAGCCCGACUGGAAUACGAUUGCGCCGGCUCUGCCUGUUCUCGCCAAGUUGGUCUACUCCCUGGAUGACGAGGUCUUGAUUGACGCCUGCUGGGCUAUUUCUUACCUCUCGGAUGGAUCAAAUGAUAAGAUCCAGGCCGUUAUCGAGGCCGGUAUCCCUCGCCGUCUUGUUGAGCUGCUGAUGCAUGCUUCGACCUCCGUCCAAACCCCCGCCUUGCGGUCUGUCGGCAACAUUGUCACUGGUGAUGAUGUGCAGACUCAAGUCAUCAUCAACUGUGGUGCUCUGCCGUGUCUUUUGUCACUGUUGAGCUCUAACAAGGAUGGUAUUCGCAAGGAGGCAUGCUGGACCAUUUCCAACAUCACUGCCGGCAACUCUACCCAGAUUCAGGCCGUCAUUGAUGCCAACAUUAUCCCACCUCUCAUUCAUCUCCUGUCCAACGGCGACCUAAAGACGCGAAAGGAGGCCUGCUGGGCAAUCAGCAACGCAACCAGUGGAGGACUGCAGAAGCCUGAGCAGAUUCGUUACCUGGUGUCUCAGGGCUGCAUCAAACCACUCUGCGAUCUCCUGGCAUGCCCCGACAACAAGAUCAUUCAGGUUGCGCUGGAUGGUUUAGAGAACAUUCUCAAGGUUGGCGAUCUCGACAAGCAAGCUGCCGGUGAAGGCCCCGACUCCAUCAACCGCUAUGCGCUGUUCAUUGAGGAGUGCGGUGGCAUGGAGAAGAUCCAUGAGUGCCAAACCAAUGCCAACGAGGAGAUCUACAUGAAGGCAUACAACAUCAUUGAGAAGUACUUCUCCGAUGAGGAUGAGGUGGCAGAUGAGGGAAUGGCUCAGGCACAGGGCCCCAACGGCACCUUCGGUUUCGGCGCCAACGGUGGACAGCAGCAAGGCGGCUUCAACUUCGCUAAUGGCGGAGAGUCUAUGGACAUGUAA